UUCUAUAAACAAAAACCCCGAGAACGUCGACAAACGAACUGUUCAAUUGGUUCAACUCUCAGUCAACUUUUCCGAAAUCUCAAAGGCCCGAUGGGCUUUAUUUGGACCGAUUAACAAUAUUUUUGAUUUUCUGAUGGCGAAAGAAAUCUUGACCAUUCAACUCGGGGAGUUUUCAAAUGUAAUUGGCGCCCAUUGGUGGAAUAUACAGAGUGCAGCUGCUGCAGUGUCCUCUGACAAGUAUGAGGCAGUAGAGAAUGAAAUAGAUCACAGUGUUUUUUUCCGAGAAGGAGUAUCUGACAAGGCAGUUGGAAACCCUAGACUUGUUGCAGUCACUAUAAAAGGAGAAAUUGAUUUUCCGAACAGAAAAGUAGAAUUUCCUUCGACUCAUCAGAAUGAACAUGAUUGGAUACUCAGAGAGGACACAGCAUCAUGUGAUAAUGAAUCAUACCCCAAUAUGGAUUUUGAGUCCAAUGAUUUCUGUGAUUGGAGAGCUUUGUUGAACAACAAAUUACAUCCCAAAUCCAUCAAUAACUUAAAUGGUUUUCAACAUAUGAAACCAACAGAGACAUUUAAUUUGUUUUCUCAAGGAAUAUCAUGUAUGAAAAAAGAGGAUGACUUAGAAUAUAUUGAGAACCAGAUUCGAUUCUUUAUUGAAGAAUGUGAUUAUUUUCAGGGGUUUAAUAUCCUUCUUGAUGCUGAUAAUGGAUAUGGUGGUGUUACAUCACAGUUAUUGGAGUUGAUCAAUCAAGAGUACUCAAACAAAGUCAUUUAUACAAUCCCUUCAUUUCCAGCACAUUCUGAGUAUAACUUUGCCAGAAGAGCAGAGUGUUUGGCAAAUAUGGGACUAGUCAUAGAUUCACUUUUUGAGGGUUCCUCAAUGUUAAGUCCAGUCAGUUUGGAUCCUCUUUGGUGUUCCACAAACUCAAGAAAAUUUCGCCGUCUUGAAGACCUAAAGCCAUACUCCAUGUAUCAUGCAGGAGCAAUAAUAGCCACCGCUCUAGAUUCAAUUUUGUUACCUCUACAAACUAAAAAAAGCUUUUUUCAUAUGACCGAUUUUGUUAAAAAAAUUACCAUGGAAGGUCGGAAAGCAGUUGGUGUUUCUUGUGCAAUACCACUUCUUGAUAAAGUCUCCAAUUUUGAUUCCAUAAAUUCGGCAUUUUUGGAAGUUGUGCCAUUGACUCCUGGCGUAGAAAACUUCAGAAACUGCUGGAGGCAACAUCUAGUGUGGCGUGGAUUAUCAAAUCCUUGCGAGUUUCAGUCUGUCGUAGACUGUUGGUCUCGUCGUCAAUGGGAUCACACUAUGACUGUCAAUUCUGUCUUCAGUACUUUUUGCUCAGCCGUUAAACCUUAUCCCGAAAAAUUUCUCGGUUCAUCUGGACCUUACGAAACAGGUCAUUCGCACUUCCGUACUUUUGGAGGCCUUCAUAGUUCUGAAACGUUAGGUCACAGUUUGAGAGAACUUCAUUCUGCAAUAUCAAAAAUUGAAAUCAAAAGUCUACAGCGAUUUUUCAGUUCCGGAAUGGAAGAAGAUGACUUCCUGGAAAAUCGAGAUCAUAUUUUUUCUUAUGCUGAACUUUAUGAUGAAAAUUAAAAUAUUUUGUGAUUA